CUCUCUAAUUCGCGAAAUAAAAACGGUGCAUCGGUUUGGAAUAGCAACGAAACCAUUGAACUGAACAAAGACGCCGAUAAAUGUAUCGUGCCUGAUAAAUAAAAGGGAUUUUGAAAAUUUGUGAGAAUCGUCGUUCAAUGCAAGAUGGAUUGGGAACAUAAAUUUUCCUCAAUCUUAGGUGAAACCGAGGAAAAUUUAAACAGAAUAAAGUCCAAAAUGAGAUGCAGACAUCCAGUUGGAAGUGCUAACAGAACAUUUGAUGAUGAAUUCUAUUCAACAAGAUAUUCAUCUCCUGUCAAAUAUUCAUCUUUAUCAAUGACUGAUUUUCCAGUCUCUUCAACACCUAAAGCUGUCAACUGGGAAACUACCUAUGGUGGAACAUCACAAGGAGCUGAUACAUAUGCUUUAUGUAGUAAACUUGAACAGCAAAAUAAGACAAUAGACCAAUUAAGUAAUUUAGUACGAGUGAUGGAAAGAGAACGAGAUGAACAUAAACAGCAGAUAGCUGAAUUACGGUAUGAGGUGCGAGAACUUUCAAAACAAGUGUCUGGUAAAGAGAGAGAUAAACAUUUACAACACCAAAUAACAGUAUUAAAGAGUGAUAUUUCUAAGGAAGUUCAAAGUAUACGAGACCAAGUACAGCAUUAUAGAAAUAGAUUAGAUGGUGAAAAACUACAGCAUGACAGAACACUACUCCCUAGAUCCUACAAUACAGAUAUAUCAGAUAUACGUCAGGUUAUGCGAGAUGAACUGGAGUAUGUACGUACAGAUUUAGAUGUUCUUAGACGUAGAUUAGGUACAUUAGAAUCACAAGUGAAAGCUAGAACAAAUGACGGAAAUACAGAAAAAUUGCACAGGGUAAUGGAGCGUUUGUCUGAUAAUAGACGGUUACUCCAUGAAACUAGAGAAAUAUUACCUGAUGUUAUAUCAGACAAAACUUUAGAUCGGUGUGAAAUGGAACAACUUAGGAUGAAUGUAACAGCAUUAAAAGAAAAGUUAGAUACAGUUGAAGAUAAAUUAUGUCACAGUUUAUCAUCUUCUGCAUCCUCUAGAUCUUCAAAUAGAAUCAAAUUAAAUAGUACUACUCCUACUGUCAAAGUAAAAAAAACCAGUAAAUUCUAUGAAGAUGAUGAUGACGAUCUUGUUUUGUCUGAAGAUAAAUUUGAAGACAGUGAUGGUCUCGAUUCAGAUCUGGAUAACCUUGUUGAAGAUGGUGCUCCAGAAUUAACAUCAACAAGAAGAAAAAAAAUUUCAAGGAAAACAGUUGAUGAAUUAGAUCUAGAUGGUUUAAAUCUUAGUGAUGAUAUUAAUACUGAUAUAUCAAUAGAUAGUGAUGAUGAUUUAAAUGAUAUUAUUGAUGAUCUGUAACGAUGGAGAGUGACUUUAAUAAAUUACCAUUACAUAUUAAUGACAGGGGUCAAAUACAACGGUAAAAUAGAAUAACAUCUGUAUAUCUUAAUUAAUAUUAUAUUUCAAUAUUCAGAUGAUAUAAUUUUUUGAUGGAGUUUGUAAUGUUAAAAAUAACAUUUUAGACAGAAUUGACCAUUGUGUACAUUGUGUACAUGUGCAAAAUUCCCCAAUAAUAGCAAUCAGGCUAAGAACACCAGGCAUGGAGAAUAUGAGUAUUAAACAUUUAUUAAAACUAUUGACUGAAAUUCAAAUAUAUAUCCGUGUCUUGCAAUUCAUAUAUAUCUUCAUUUUGAUAGUCAGAUCAUGAACAAUAUACAGUGUAGGCCUAAAUGUUUCUGUAUAAAUUCAUAUAUUUUAAAUCAACAUUUUUCCAUUUAAGAUUCAUAUAUUUCCAAAUACUGAAAAUUUUUAAUUUCAAGUAAUGGUUUGUCCAUAAUAUAAAAUUCAGAUUUUUCCAUUUAUAAAAAUUAAGAUUUAACCGUUUAUCAAAGUUUAGAUUUAGCCAUGUAUAAAAAUUCAGUUAUUUCCAAAUGGAAAUGUAGUUGUAUUGAAAUGUAGACGUAUUCUGUCUUCACCCCUUUCCAUUUCAGUUAGGCAUCCAAAUGACUUGGAAUUCAAACAGUGAGAUGUAAAAUGCCUAUGGAUUUUUCAGCAUUACUAUUAAUUAGUCAGAAAUUCUAACCCUUGAUCACCUAGAGCAAUCUUGUGGACCCUAAACUGAUCAUCUGAUUUGACUUGAAGUUAAUACACAGUGUUAAUUUUCAUGAGAACAUGAUCUUUUUUGAUUUUUCAAAAGAUUUCUGGUAAUUAUUGUUAAAGAGUUGAUCACUUAAUGUAAUUAUAGAUUUGAAAUUUAUACACAGUGUUUCUGUUUCUGAGACAACAAGCCUAUUAAUUUUAAAGUUUCUGAUAACUCAAACAGCACAUUAUGGGAGAUUAGAUAAGGAGCUGGUUGUUCUCACUAUAAUAGUUUAAAACUUGAUAAUGUAAAAGGAAUUUGCUGAAAAUUUCAGUCAAUUUGAUCCACCCUGAACCAAGUAUUUAGUGAUUGUAUUUUGGGCCUAGCUUUUUACUAAAGUCGGUACGAUAAAAUACAUAGUCUCGAUUAUCCAUUUUUUGAUUUAAUCAGAAGCAGACCUGGUUCUAAUCCAGUAAAUAUCGCAGGCUAGCGAUGCCAUUGAGAGUUGAUUAUGGUCUGUAUAAUUUAAACAUGCAUUAUGCAAGAGCUAAAUCUGCCUAUUGUAGGUCUUUCUUUAGGCCUGAAAUGUUUUCUAAAGUAUUAAUUAGACAUUAAUUAACUGAUCCAGGCCUCAAUCAACUCUCGAUGGCAUCAGAUUUUUCUGAUAUUAAAUAGAUUAGAAUGGUUCAGCGAUACUUUGAUUUAAUCAAAUUUGGAGGACCGAGACUUAGCUUCGAUCAACCAGUACGAUGGUUGAAAUUAUUGCACACGUCUGUCAAACCUUCAAAGGCUAAUAUCUUCGCUUGCAAUAGAGUAAUUUGAAUGAAAUUUUUGUCCCCCGCCUUUCGAAGAAAGCAGGGGACUAUUAAAAUGGGUUCGUCCGUCUGUCUGUCCGUCUGUCUGUCCGUCCGUCUGUCUGUCCGUCACACUUUUUGGGACACAAUAACUCUCUUCCUAAUUGAGCUAGAAUGUUCAAACUUGGUGUAUGUGUUUAUUAGGUCAAUGCCUUGAUGGAGUUCGAAGAUGAGCAUUUUCCGCUUAGGGUAAGCAGAGAUAAGCAAUUUGAUUGGUUGAUGCUUUGGGACACGAUAACUCUCUUCCUAAUUGGGCUAGAAUGUUCAAACUUGUUGUAUGUGUUGAUUAGGUCAAUGCCUUGAUGGAGUUCGAAGAUGAGCAUUUUCCGCUUAGGGUAAGCAGAGAUAAGCAAUUUGAUUGGUUGAUGCUUUGGGACACGAUAACUUUUAAUUGAGCUAGAAUGUUCAAACUUGGUGUAUGUGUUUAUUAGGUCAAUGGGACACAAUAACUCUCUUCCUAAUUGAGCUAGAAUGUUCAAACUUGGUGUAUGUGUUUAUUAGGUCAAUGCCUUGAUGGAGUUCGAAGAUGAGCAUUUUCCGCUUAGGGUAAGCAGAGAUAAGCAAUUUGAUUGGUUGAUGCUUUGGGACACGAUAACUCUCUUCCUAAUUGGGCUAGAAUGUUCAAACUUGUUGUAUGUGUUGAUUAGGUCAAUGCCUUGAUGGAGUUCGAAGAUGAGCAUUUUCCGCUUAGGGUAAGCAGAGAUAAGCAAUUUGAUUGGUUGAUGCUUUGGGACACGAUAACUUUUAAUUGAGCUAGAAUGUUCAAACUUGGUGUAUGUGUUUAUUAGGUCAAUGCCUUGAUGGAGUUCGAAGAUGAGCAUUUUCCGCUUAGGGUAAGCAGAGAUAAGCAAUUUGAUUGGUUGAUACUUUGGGGCACGAUAACUCUCUUCCUAAUUGAGCUAGAAUGUUCAAACUUGGUGUAUGUGUUGAUUAGGUCAAUGCCUUGAUGGAGUUCGAAGAUGAGCAUUUUCCGCUUAGGGUAAGCAGAGAUAAGCAAUUUGAUUGGUUGAUGCUUUGGGACACGAUAACUUUAGUUCUAAUUAAGUGAGAUUGAUGAAACUUGGUGUAUAGAUUUAUUAUAUGAAUACCUUAACUAAGUUCGAUAAUGAACAUUUUUUGCUGAGGGUAAGCAGAGUGAUAAGCAAUUUGAUUGGUAGAAACUUUGGAACACAAUAACUCUCCUUCUAAUUGAGGUAGAAUGUUCAAACUUGGCAUAGGUGUCUAUUAGGUGAAUGUUUAAACUUGAUGUAUAUGUAGAUGUUCAUUAGGUGAAUGUCUUGACUGAGUUCAAUAAUUAACAUUUCGAGCUGAAGCUAAGCAGAGCUAAUCGAUUUCAUUUGUCGAUGGUUUGGGACAAGAUAAUCUUGAUUCUAUCUGAUAGAGAGUGAUGAAACUUAGUGAAAAAAAUAAAUGUGCGAUUAAUUAAUAUGUGUCAUCUAUUUAUUUUGCAAUUUCGGCGGGGGACAUCAGCCUCACUGUUGGCUUGUCAAAUUAUUCAUUUUACAUCAUCUACUUUCGAACUAUUAUAGCAAGAAUGGCUAGUUCUUUAUCUAAAUCUUACAUAAUGUAUCUUUAAUUAAUGUCUAAUUAAUAAUUUAGAUAACAUUUCAGGCCUAAAGAAAGACCUGCAAUUGGCCGAUUUAGCUCUUGCAUAAUGUAUUAUCAGAUUAAUGUCUUGUAAAUGCUCCAGUUACACACAAAAGAAUAAAAAUGUGACAGCCUUUAUGGACUGCUCAGAUAGAUACAUCCAUAUUGUAAAGAUAUGGUCCUUGAUUUUUAGAUUAUUCAGUAUUUAACCAUGGAUAUGGCUAUACAUGUACUGGAAAACAAUAUUCAUGCAUCAAACCAAAUAUUUGCAUCGAAGUAAUUUCUAUUACAAAUCUAAAAAUACGUGUGUAAUAUUCUGGCCUCAUGUUAAUAUUUUUGUACCUGUAAAAGUAAAAUCAUCAUUGAUAAUAAUGUGUGUUUUUCUAUUUAAUAUGUUUAACUAAUUAUUAGUUGUAUAUAUAUAUCAUCUAAAGAGUGCAAAUUUUAAAAAGAAACGCAAUGUGUAGUAAUAUGUAUUAAUGAUAAAUAGCUUUCAUCAUUAUAUAAAGUAGACAGUAUUAUCACCUAAUAAAGUAUUUACUUUAUAUCUCA